AUGCUGGUAAAACCUUCUCUAGCCAAGCAGCAGGCACCUGCUCAGUCUACAGAGCCCUCUCAUGAAGGCGAACCUUCUCAAAUCCAGCAGGAGGCCCCAUCUCGGUCUCCAGAGACCUCGAAGGAAGAUGAACCCUCUGAAAUCCAGCAGAAGGCCCCAGCUCAGUCUACAGAGCCUUCUAAGCAGGUACAACCUUCUCCAGCCCAGCAACAGGUCCCAGCUCAGUCAACAGAGCCCUCUAAGGAAGGUGAACCUUCUCAAAUCCAGCAGGUGCCCCCAUCUCAGUCUACAGUGCUCUCUGAGGAAUGUGAAUCUUCUCAAAUCCAGCAGGAGGUCCCAGCUCACUCUACAGAGCUUUCUAUGAAGGUAAAACCUUCUCCAGCCUAG